AUCAGUCUUUCAGCAGCGAGGAGCCCUGAAAACCUUUUUGUUCCUGCUUUCAUUCAAGAGACAUCCACCCAGACGGCCAACGGCAUAAUAUCCAACAGCCACUUCACUCUGAACACAACUACUAGGUUACAGAGGUUACCCAUGUAAAAUCACUGCUAUAAAAAUACAGCAACCAGCCAGAAGACUGAAGAAAACAAUGACUAUCAGUUUCAAAAGUCUCAUUUUCAUGUGGAUGCUGAUGGUGACAGCAAGCUAUGCAGACACAUCUGGCCAGAACCACAGUUUCACUAAUGUGACAACAGGUGAAGUAACAGAAAAUACAUCCACACAGGGCCAGGUGACAACACAGGAAGUGUCUACAUUUCAUCAACUUAUGGAGCUCUCAGGUUCGACCAUAUCACCGCCCACCACAGCUGAUGUAAAUCCAACAGUGGAAAAGACUACGAAAUCAUAUCCUAAACCUUCACUCCAAACAACUCAAAUGACGCCUCCUAAUAUUCAGACAACAGCAAGUCCAACCAGCUCCAUACUGCCUCAGUUAAACAGCUCAAUAGAAAGCAUGAAGCCUACAACAGAAGUACAAGUCAAGGAAGGAACACCUGCAACAACGGUUGUAACCAGUCAAACCAGCAACCCAGUCAUGACUACAAGGGCACAUCCUGUAAUAAGCAGCCACACCCAAAGCCAAGACACAGGAAAGACAUUAACUUUCCAAUUCACCAGUGAUAAAACGACCCAUCCGGCUACACAUCCAGAUGAGUCUACACGCCUCAUCUCUACUACACCCACCACUACCAAGCCUGCUGACAGCACAUCUACAUCAAGAACUAGACAAGUCACAGGUGGUGAUGCUACACAAUUCACAAGUUCAUAUAAAACUUCAGCGGCCAUGACAACACCACCACUCACCAGCAUCAACGAGACAAAGAAAACACAAGCUCCACCAGAGACAAAUUCCAAUAACGAAACAAUCCACAGUAAAGUAGUGGCAGGGCUAAUAGGUGGAGCCCUAGUACUGAUGAUGGUAGGGUUCCUAAUCAUCUUCAUAAAGAAACGUAAGAUUCAGAAGCAGCAGGCGGCUACUACAGAGUGGGCCGGUCCUUCGCCAUUUCUAGAGGAUGGAGCUGACGAUAGGCAGGCAAAGCUGAGGUCAUCUAACCGAAUUUCUCUCUCCAGCUUCCUGCCUCAAAGGUUGUCCAAAAGAAUGUCCUUGCUACCAGAAGCAGGUGAGGAGUUAGAAGACAUGACAGCAGGCACAUUUGGAGAUGAACAACAAAGGAGUACAUUCGGUCGAGAGGUGAAUGGAAGCGACACGCAAGAAAGCAAUGGGGCAGCUGUAAUGGUUCCAGAAAGCAAAAGCACAGGAGGUGUGCAAGAGACUGUUGAAAACUCAGUCCCUGUAACCUCUUCACAAGUAAGCAAUCCAGUCCACACAAACAACAAUUCUGAUGCUGCAAACCUCAAUCAAGAUUCUGCAUAUUCCUCUGGACUUGUGGAAAAAACUCCAGCACAACUGAGUGAUGAUCUAAGAGAACUUAAUCCCACAACAACUGUGACACCAGAAAUUGACUAACUUGUGGUCAUUUGAGGAAAUCAUGACAAGGGAGAAGUGAUAUUAAUCUAGGGCUGUUCUGCAAAACUUGAAACACAGUAUAAUAUUAACACAGGAAAUGACAAAGAAAGCAAAAUGCUAUGAAACAUUUUUUAAAGUACAUCAUUAAUAGUAGAAGGAAAAGAAUUUCCUUACAUUACUGGAGCCUUUACUGAAAGUACUAUAUUUGUCAGCAAGGCAACUCUGCCUUCUGGGAUUCUGACACCCAGCCCCUGCUGGAAUUUCUUUAUCAUCAUUAGAAAUGUCAACCAGACCUGAAGAGUGUAAAAUGCUUUCUACCCUCAUAAUCCUGUGGAGAGCAUUACUGUAGAAAACAGAAAAGGAAAUGUGGUGGUGCAAACUAACGGUAAUACCUUUUGCACAUCACAGGGGCUGGCAUACUGUUUCACAUAUGAGUCACAGCGGUAAAUACUACAGGCUAAAUACAAACAUUUGUACUUUCUACAUAUCAGCUUAGAUGUAAUGAGAAAGUUUCCAAGUGUGAAUAAAUACGUGUGUUUCAUCUGCCACAGAAGGAUUCAGUAUACUUGAACAAAAAGAAGGACAUGGAUCUGGUCAGACUGCACAUCUUUUUUGUUUUACUGAUGUACUCUCUACUUAGUUAUGUUCAAGGGACAAAGAAAAUUCUGUACUCUCUGUAAUGAAGUUACAGGUCACUGUAUUAUAAACAGGUUUCCAAAGUUUAGCAAGAGCAAAUUUCUCUGGUUACAGUUAUUCAUAGUAUAGCAAAGUUUUGUUAGGCUUAUGUAAUACUUAUAAAAAUGGCAUUACAGGCCAUCUUUCCUCUAGUGUGCCAGUAAAACCAUAACCAUAAAACAGAACCCACUGGCUCCAGGCCUGUCUGAAAUGCAGCCUGUCUUGCCCAGGCUUAGCAUGUUUCAGAUCUCAGUGGCACCAGGGUCUUUUUAAAAGAGACAGAAAUAGACUACUCAUGUGAAGCUUGUAAAACAGCAAAACACAUUGAACUGAACUACACAUAAUGAAAACAUAUGAAACAGCAACACUAGAUUUACUCUGGACUGUUAUACUGUCCUUCACAAAGACUGAAUUCGAGAGAGAUUGGCCUUUUUAAGUAAAUUAAAGAAUUUCCACAAUUACUACUUGCACAGUAUAAACCUUGGUUUCACGCUGUUCAGUGUGGUUACGUGGUUUUCAUAAUAUGCCAUUUAUAGAAGAAUGCCGAUGUCUAUUUUAUGUACUGGUCACCUCGUUUCUUUGCAGGUUGCUAGCAAUGCUGGUCAUGAUGCCGUUAUUAAAAUUUUUAUGUACAUUUAAAUGUAUUUUAAUGUGCUCCUGUUUACUGUUUUGAAGAGAAUUCUAAAUGUUGAGCAAAGUGAAACUGGUUUCUCCGAGUGGUUGUGGUUUUGGAUUUCACAUUUAAAACAAACCUGCUGCCACAUAUCAAAUGAUUCUAUAGCUGCACAGUAACCGGUUGCCUCCAAUGAGUUGAACUAUUAAAAAUAUUGAAACCUGACAGACAAAAGACAAAGUGAAUGAUUUAAGAUUUGUUCAGCUACUUAAGCUUAGGUAACAGUGGUGUUACUACUACUAUAUUCGGAUUCACAUAUACUUAAAAUACAUCUCUACAGAGAGGUGGAUAAGGUGGCCUCAGGUAAUUAUGAUGAUUAUCUUUAGGAUGUCACCGGCACUUGAUACAGGGGCUCACCACUGAAGUUGAUCACUUCAGUUGUUUCAACAGAAGCAAAUCAGUGAUCUCUGAUUGUUACUCUUCUUUCACCUUUUUACUGUAUUAAAGCAUCCUGUCCAAGUGGCUUAAAUAAAAAGACU